AUCAAGUUGCAUUCAGAAUUGAAUUAUUGAAUAAUUUCAUUGCAGCCGGCAACCAAAUUUAGUUGUAAGCAAAAAUAUUGCAUUUCUGCUUGUGAAUUCUUCUAUAUUUUCGCGCAUAUCUCGAUAAUUUAAUUCCAGCGUAUAACAGCGAACGAUCGGCUAAAAAAGAAGGUAGGUAUUGGCCUAGAUUUUGUAUAAGAAACAAUUAGAUUUUAGGUAAUUUGAUCUGAUCUGCACCUUAGCGCCAUGAGUACAACUAAAUGUUCGCAAUUGAAUCGGACUGUGCAUAAUCGAAUGUGCUUUAAAGCAAUAAAAGAUAACUCGAUUUUCCAAACCAACUUUUGACGGCAGUUUGCUUUUGACUAGCGUCAAAGAUGCUUCUCUUUGUUCAUCUUUUUUUAAUUGUCUAAGUCAGAGUUAAGAAGAUCCAAUAGCUCUGCUCAGCUUUCAAUUUGCGAUAAAAUUUCCCUCAGAAAUUCUUAAGAAAAGCCCAGAAUUUUUACUAUAAGAAAGGAGCGAUAUUCUAAAUAUGAAUUUUACAGAUGGAUUACGCAAACUACCUAUCCAGCAGCAAUCCUACAGCAAAUGCAGCUGUAGCAUGCUCUUUCAGCCAAUGCUCUUUGGAUGUUUCUUCUUCUCAAACUCCCCAGCUAACAGCACCAUCAGCUUAUUCGGACCUUCAACCCACUCAUUGUCAAAUGCCACCACCGACAGCCUAUCGUUACAAUCCAAUGCAUGGAUUCCCUGCUCCGCCACCCACCGAUACAUGCACAAUGAUGGCUAGAAGAGAAGGUUCAAGCGUUGGAGCCGCUCAAUUAGGUCACCAUAUGGGGCACCAAGCAAUGUUCGGUUCCCAUCAUGCCGCAGGUAUUUCCCAGUACAAAAUGUACGCCACUGCAACCGCCGCUGCUGCUGCAGCUCACGUAGCUCAUGCCGGUCAUAGCGGAAGUGGUUCGUCUGAGAAACGGAAGCAAAGACGAAUCCGAACAACAUUUACAUCGGCUCAAUUAAAAGAACUUGAGCGAGCCUUUGCGGAGACACAUUACCCAGAUAUCUAUACGAGAGAGGAGAUAGCAAUGAAAAUUGACUUAACCGAAGCCCGUGUUCAAGUCUGGUUUCAAAAUCGAAGGGCUAAAUUUCGUAAAAUGGAGAGGAUCAAGCAACAAAGCCAAUCGGUAACGAGCGGUAACAGUAAUAAAGAACAACAGCAGUCGCCUUCUAAGGAUGUUAAGAAAGAAUCGAUAAAUGGUAAGAGUAGAAAAGAUAAAUGUCUGCUUUUCUUUUAAAGGAAAAAGAAAACCUUUUAUUUAAUUAAACAGCCCUCUUUCUUUUUAUAGGAACAACAAAGUCACAAAAUUCAGAACAAUCUAAAUGGUCAUUACCAUCAGAUUCUAAAUUGACUUCCAAUCAAUCUAACGUCCAGGGACCUUAUUCGUCUUUGCUCUCUUCCACGCCAUCUACUGACAGUUCUCAAUACGAUUAAGUCAAUCAAUACCUGUAACUUUAUAAUAUAUAAAGCAUAUGUAUAAUAUCUAUUUUUGUUUAAGUUGUGAAAAGAAAAAAUGUUUAUUUGUAUGUAUAUUUAAAUGUUUAAAUAACUAACGUCUAU